AGUAGCGACACAAACGUCGCGGCGUUAACACGUAUUUUUACAAAACGGAGCCGAACAAUUUUCUAAAUUUUUGUUCAGUAAUAAAUAAAUACAAGACAAGAAGGGAAAAGCAACAAAAAAGAACGAACGUAUCACAUACACACGAUUUCAAACGAUUCCAGCUAGCGAUCCAGUCAAUGUGCACAUAUUACAUCGAAUUCGGUAUGGAAAAAUUGAAUAGAAGAUAGAAGAAAGAGUAUAAAUUGAAAAUGAUGAAAAUAAAAAUUGCAUCGAAAUCACAGAAAAAAACCGCAUCCAAACAAGUCGACAAAAAGGAGUUAAUUAAUUGAAUGUGAACUUGAUAAAUGCGUUGUUGUACAAGUGAGUGAAAAUUUCUAAUGGACAAGUUUAGUGAUGAAAAAAAAACUGUUGUUAUGAACAAAAAAACAAAAAAUUAAUCAAAGAGUGAGAGAAAGAAAUUAAGGGGAAAAAAAUCACCUAUUUUUCUCUUACCUCGUGGGACUUGUUAUAAUUUUCGGACUAUUGAACACAAAAAUUUCGAAGCAACGAACGAAAUAUUACGCAAAAUAAGCGCGCAAACAGAAAUUGCCGCAAAAUUUGUGAUUCAUAUAUACAAAAUUGACGGAGCCGUAUUCAGCAUCCCGAACAUUUUCAAAGUUUGAUUCCAACAAAUAAACCAUUCCAAUGUUGUCAUUAUUAAUGCCUCGAUACGGUCAAGACGAUAACAAAACGAUGCCAUCAUCAUCGGCUGCCUUUCCACUACAAUACUCGUCGUUGGUGUCAGGUUUAUCUGGUGAUAACGAGAAUAUGCCAGUUGAUUUUUUUAUGAAGCAUCGUGCACAGCACACACCGACAUCGACACAUUCAUCGAAUAGCAUCAAAGAUGAAAUCAAUGAUGAGAAAAGAGGUAGUUCCAUUAGUCCAAGUAUAUCGGUGGACGGAUCAUACGCAUGCUCACAGUGCUCCGCCUCGUUCCCAAAUCGUGAUCAACUCGAAAAGCACGAACACGAAACCAUGCACUCACCUAGUUCGCAACAAUUGGUGAGCUGUAAUAAGUGUCACAAAUCAUUUGCCAACGUUUAUCGUCUCCAACGUCAUAUGAUUAGUCACGACGAGUCGGAAUCGCUUCGCAAAUUCAAGUGUAACGAUUGUGAUAAGGCGUUCAAAUUCAAGCAUCAUUUAAAGGAGCACAUUCGUAUACAUUCAGGUGAAAAGCCAUUCGGUUGCCGCAACUGUGGCAAACGGUUCUCACAUUCGGGCUCAUACUCCAGCCACAUGACAUCGAAGAAAUGCAUUAGUGCCGGCCUAAAAAUCAAUCGUUCCGCCAAAGUGGACAAGAGUAACACACAAAAAGCGCGAAACGCUUUCCUAACACAACAAAUGCCAAAUGUAAACCACAACGUUGGCCUCGGUGUUGGCCUGAAUUUAAGCGAAAACAAUAAUUUGGCAACGAGUCCAAACAAUAAUGCAUUCUUAUCGGCAAUGCUACCGAAAUAUCCCGGUUACGAUGUGAACGCAUUGUUGGCAUUCGGUAAUUUGCCAAAUCCAUUCCUUAUGAUGGAUCCACGUCAUCACAUUCACAGUAUACAUAGUCUAUUGGGCCUGACUGGUGCACCACCGAAUGGCAUUAUGGACGGCUUCCUUAAUAAUGUACAAAACAAUAAAACGCCCAGCCUCCAUUCCGAUCCAGAGGAUAUGAUCGAAGAGGUGACCGACGAUGUGAACGAUGAAGCGGGCAAAUUGGUUAUGGACAUUGAUGCCGAGGACUGCGAGCAUAAAAUGAAAAUGGAGGAUUUUUCAUCAUCGCCAGCAAUCAGUGUGAGUAGUCCAAUAUCGUCAUCGCAUUCAAUGCACGAUCACAGUGAAUUGAUUAAGCGAGAAGAUAGCCGCAGUGAAAAUGGCUACGAUAACAAUGAUCUGAGCUGUGGCCGAUGCAAUAAGACAUUCAACCAUCGCACCGAAUUGGCCCAACACGAAACCAUUCUGUGCGGCAUGAUCCGGAAGCAAGAGGAAGCCUAUGCAGCUGCUCAAGCUGCCGCUGCCGAAUCAUUGGCAUUGAAUGCCAGCUUUACCAAUAGUCUGCCAAGCCAAUCGGGUAGCGAAGAUGAACGAAAGGUCCGUGUUCGAACUGCUAUCUCAGAAGAACAGCAAAGCAUUUUGAAAGAGUACUAUGCAAAGAAUCCAAAACCAGGACGAGAGGAAUUCCGUACAAUUGCACAGAUCCUUUCGCUGGACUCACGCGUUGUUCAAGUUUGGUUUCAAAAUAAUCGCUCACGCGAACGCAAACUCAACAAUAUGGGAUACUCAAAGCAACAGCAACUCUUUACAAAUGGUCAAUUGUCUGCUGCUGCUGCCGCUGCCGUCGCCGCAGCCGCUGCUGACAAACCCCAAUCAAAUAACACGAAAAUGCCAUUGCCAAUCCCAUUGCAACAGUCGAUACUCAAUAGCCAAAUAUCGCCAAAAUUCAAUCACAGCCCCGUUGGAAACAUGGACGAUCAACCUCUGGAUUUAUCAGUGAAAAAGGAUGGUUCGAUGUCAACACCCUCGAAUUCACCACGAUACGGAACGGCCCCAAUGCCAUCCGAAGAAGUGAUCAAUCUGAGUCGUAAAUCGCUACCGCAUUAUCCAUAUGUGCCACAAUUGGGUUUCGUACCAAUGGAUCGUUUUCUUAACAUCGCACCCGAAAUGGCCCGAAAUAGCCUGGUGUCGGACAGUGUGAGCCCAGCAUCGGAGAAGCAACAACGUACAUGGAAGGACGAACUCCAAUACGCCAAAGACACGUUCAAUGGGAACGUAUCUCCGAAGCAGCCAAUUGUUCAGCCGCAAGCACCAGCCAAGCGAUCAUAUGUCAAACAACAAGUUCCUGAAGGCGAAGGUCAAUUUAUUUGUGAUGAAUGUGACAAGGCGUUCAACAAGCAGAGCUCGUUGGCGCGACAUAAAUACGAACAUUCUGGUCAACGUCCGUAUAAAUGUCAGGAUUGCACAAAGGCAUUCAAGCACAAGCAUCAUUUGACCGAGCACAAGCGACUGCACACAGGUGAAAAACCCUUCCAAUGCACAAAAUGCUUGAAAAAAUUCUCGCAUUCAGGCUCAUACAGUCAACACAUGAAUCACCGCUACUCCUACUGCAAACCAUACAGAGAAGCAUAAACGAAGGUAUUCGCUGUCGACCGAUCGAAAUCAUUGCAUUUCAAUUACAUGUGAAAUUUUCGUGAGAAAAUAAUCGAAAUCGAAAAAAAAAUGAAGAAAGAAACGAAAGUGAACCAACAUUAAUAGCCAUAUUUCAAUAUAGAACAAACAAAUAUAUUAAUUUAGUUUAUGAGAUUUAGUGGCGAUGCAAUGGAGGAGUUUUUUUUUUCUUUCGAGAAGAAGAAUAAAACGAAAAAAUUGUGGAAAGGAAAACAACAGCGCGUAGUAAUUUAACCAUGUGAUUCAAAAGUAUGUACAUUAAACAAACAAAAAAAAAACACUUACAGUUCCACGGAAUUGAGUCUCCGAUUUGUUGAGAUGACGUGUGACUGAUUUUCGGAGAAAAAUUCUCUCUCUAAUUUUGUACUUAAUGUGAAGAGAAAGAAUUCAUUUACAAAAGAAAGAAGAUUAAGAAAAGCACACACGAAUUGUCGUUGAUUUCCUUUCUCUUUUUUUCCACCCAUUUUGUCGUUGUUGUUCAUUGCAUCAAAUUAUACGACAGACAAAUUGCAAAUAGGAACAAAGAGAUAAAAACAAACCACAAUCAAAAAUCAUUCCCAGUAUAGUGUAGGUUUAUCUCGCACAUUUAAAUGUGUAUUUGUGUAAAGAAAAAACAAAACAUAUUUCUAAGCCGUGAAUUCAUCGUUGCCAAAAGUAAAAUUACUGAAUGAAUUGAAUUGACUUUUGAAAUGAAAACCAGAACAAAGAAAACAGACAUAGAGUAAAUUCAGAAUAAUAAUGUGAAAAGAAAACAAUCGAACGUGUGCUGUACAUAACGGUUACUCAAUUGACAUGAAGAAAAUGGGCCGUCUGAAACAAACACACACACACACAGAGAGAGACACAUUGUGAACCGAAUCAUUCAGUCGAAAUGAUCGAACACGUAAAUCUAUUUGAUUUUUUUUUUGAGAAACGGUAAACAGUUACAAUAUAUUUUAUAAAAAUCGUUUUAACAUUUUUAAUUUUCCUUCUUCUCUUGAAAUCGAUCUGAAUCUUCUUUUUAAAUUUUUUUUUUCUUCAAAUUUUAACGUGUAAUGUGUAACACUUGGAAUGAUCGGUGCACGCCUACGUAGAGUUUAAACGGUGUUGUUUUUUAAGUAUAAUUUUAUGUAUAAUUUUAUAUAUUUGUUUUUUUUUUUCAUUUAAGGAAUGUUUUUUAUUAUUUUCCCAUUUACUAAUAGUUCAUUUGGAAUGGAAAUCCGUGUAUUUUUUUUGUCGGUAUAGAAGUCAAGCGAGUGAUUGACUUUCUUCAAAUCAGAAAAAUCACUGUUCGCAUAUUCAACCAACUGAAAAUUAUGUAUUUUUCUUUACUUCGUAUCUUUCGUUUGAAUAAAACAAGAUGUUUAAUCAUUUUCAUUCAA